GUAGCAUCCCGAAGGACCCAGCAUUUCCAGUCCUUCCCUUCUCCCUUCUUUUUUUUUCUUUCCCUCGAGGCCAGGCCAGCUAGGGUAACCAACCAACCAACCCUCUCUCUCUCUCGGCCCCUGGUCAAACCUCUCGACCCCAGCCAAAGCCCACCUACCCUCCUCCCUCGCUCACCUCCCCAGGACAUAUAUACAUACAUAUAGUACGGUAUUGCGCAUGCUGUCCGUAGUAGGUAUCGAUCGGGCCAUCAUCACCUUGAUCCCCGUCCAUCCAUCCAGCCAUCCCUCCCGCCAUCCCGUUACUCACCCGUCCGCCCACUACCAGGUUCCCGAGAAUAUACUAACAAGAACAGGAAAGCAAUUCCGUCUGUGCCUCACGUAUGUGAUCGUCGCCAUCCGUCCACCCAUCAUCCUCUUUUCGGUAUAUGGAGCAUCGCAACGCAACGACAAACACAACACCGUCUAGCUUCCUACUCCCUGCCAUCCUACGCAGAGCUUCGCCAUCGCAUCUCUCUGCCCUCGCCUCGACCCCCGGCCCACCCGAGAGAAAGCAUACCAGCAAGCCCUGGCGAGUCGACCGAGUCCAGCCGCACGCACGCACACACGUUAUCUCCUUUCGAAAUCCCUUCCGGCCUUUGUCCAUCCCUGCAGCGCCACCAUCGUGAUCGCUAGAAGCACUCGAGACCCGUCUGCUAGGCAGCCUCUCCCAAGAUGCAUCGAACAUACUCUAUGCGCCAGACCCGGGCGCCUACUGCGUCGCAGAUCCAGAACCCCCCUCCCCCUCCAUCGUCCACCAAGUCCGGCAGAUUAUUCGGGAGAGGCGGCUUCGGACAUGCGCUUCGUCGCAAUGCCGCCGGCGCCUUUGGCCCCGACCUGGCUAAGAAGCUGACCCAGCUCGUCAAGAUGGAAAAGAACGUGAUGCGGAGCCUGGAGCUCGUCGCUAAGGAGCGCAUGGAGGUCGCUCAACAACUCUCCCUCUGGGGCGAGGCCGGCGAUGAGGACGUUUCCGACGUUACCGACAAACUUGGCGUGCUCAUCUACGAAAUAGGUGAGCUCGAGGACCAGUACGUCGAUCGCUACGACCAAUACCGCGUUACCAUGAAGAGCAUCCGAAAUAUCGAAGCAUCGGUCCAGCCCAGUCGAGACCGCAAGCAAAAGAUCGCCGAUCAGAUUGCCCAGCUCAAGUACAAGGAGCCGAACUCGCCCAAGAUCGUCGUCCUCGAGCAGGAGCUUGUCCGCGCCGAGGCCGAGUCCCUUGUCGCCGAAGCCCAACUCUCCAACAUCACCCGCGAGAAGCUAAAGUCGGCCUACGCAUACCAGUUCGACGCUCUGCAGGAGCACUGCGAAAAGGUCGCCAUCAUUGCCGGAUACGGAAAGCACCUCCUGGAGCUGAUCGACGACACUCCCGUCACUCCGGGGGAGACCCGCGCUGCGUACGACGGCUACGAAGCCAGCAAGGCCAUCAUCCAGGACUGCGAGGAUGCACUCACCAACUGGGUCUCGUCGAACGCUUCCGUGAACCCGAAGCUGUCCACGCGGGCCCGGACCCUAUCCCAGAGACGCCGAAAUAACAUCAAAGCCCGGUCGGAAGGCCUGGACCUUUCCGGCCAGGAUGCGCCACUGAAUGACCGCGACUCUUGGGUUGCAGCCGGAGAGCACCACAAGCAGCAUGAUUACGAGGACGAAGAGGAAGAGGACGAACCGGCCCACUCAGUCCUAGACUCUGACGGCGGGCUGAAUGGGGAGCAUCGAGGCCGAGCACCCGAGAUGGCGGUCUAGGCUACCCCUUCUUUCCCUGUUGCGUCCACCACCGUCUUCCGCCGCGACGCCGGAAGCCAAUGGUAACCCGUUAUUAAUGUCUAAUUUGACACCAACGAGAUGGAGGUCAUCUCCUUGGCGGCCGCAAUUACUAUCGCUGCCGCUGCCGCUGCCGCUACCGCAAUACAAAGCUCAACAUAUAAUUCAGUAAAAGGGGCACAUAAAACACACAAGAGAUACAUAUAUGCAAAAUGACUCGAACUUGUUUUUUUUUCUUCUUUCUAGGGAGGGGGGGGGGGGGAU